GGAUAUUUAAUUAAAUAUUCUGUAAUUAGGUUUCUCGUGUGUAAGUUGGUCAAUGUUCGUGGUUUGUACAUUAAAUUAGAGAAUAAUACAUGAGAGCGUUUGUCUAAAGUAGAAUUCUGCUUACAAGUUCCGAGGGUAGAAUUAAUUUCAAUAAAAAAUGAACUUGUAUGCAGAAUUGCAAAUCUCUGUCAAACAAUCACACGGGGAACGUGUUGUCAUCUGUCAAAUUGUCAAAAUAUGCAAGUGACACGUAACUUUAUAUAAUUAAAUUACCUAUUUAUGACCUCCAAAUGUGUGAAAACGUGAAAAUUUUCUCAUCUACCGGUCAAUAAUAUAGUAUACAACAUGUCAGACAAAAGUUUCGGUGACUGUCCCAAUAGGAAUAUAGUUAAAAACCCGCUUCUUUCUACUGCCGUGACUGGGCUCUCAAUCGAGGAUUUGACGCACAACGCAGUUUUGGUCCCCGUUGCGGCUUCCCAGGGACUGAUCACAAGAUCCGAUCACCAAAUCGGGUCCACAAACCCAACCCUGGGGCAUUCCGAGCAUGAAAUCACGAACUUUCCUUCAGGCGAUUCAAACACCAACGUGUUUUCACCUCAGACUACUAUAUCUGCCCACCCCCACUCUUUAGACAACCCCCAUCCCUCCCACCAUGACAACAGACAAGAAAAUAUGACAUCCACCGUGUCAAAGGCUUCAUCUAAAUCCGACGACGAUUUUGACGUGAACGAAUACUUCGCAAGAUUACACGGAACUAGAUAUGUGAGCGCUCCUAUAAACAGCAAUCCGGAUCAAAAUGCUAAUCUAUCCGCAACGGAAGAUAACUUAGAAGAGAUUAAUCUGAAUGACGAUAAAAAUGUUGAUGUGCAACAAAGUUUGACCGCAGAUAUAGCUCAGAACUUCUCACAGCUACCGACAGUUUUACCACAUGUAGCAAGCGCGGUGUUCAGCUCUUUUUCAAACAUGUUGAGUUAUAAGAGUCGAGAGCAGACUCCUGAUGAGAAGCCACAAGGGUUUCAAGAGGUGCCGUUUCAAAGCCCAGGGUCUGUGGGACCAGGAUUCGUUGGACAGGACCUGGCUACGCCAAUGAUGGCUGAGGAAGUGGUGAAGGAAGUUGCACCGCCGCCCAAAGAACCUCCUGGUUGUGGAUCAUCGAACUUCAGAAUAACAACAAAAAAGAAAUACGCUCAAAUACCAGGACUAAGCUCUGGACAUAACUUCGAAACUUCACAGAAAAUUGAACUUAAUCCAUUAACUAAAAACGCCACAAAUUUUUUCGUACCUUCACGUGAAGAUAAUGUUGUUACAGAACCUUUUAAUCCAGCACAAGAUAAUAAUAAUACUACAGAAACAAAUGCACCCAAAAUACAAGAAACAUAUAAUAUUUUCAGUCCAGCAGUCGAGAAUAAGCUAAGCGAAUUUGAUCCUAACGUCUUUAAUGUUCCAAGUCAAAAUGAACCAAAACCGUUUGAAGAGCGUUUACCACCACCGCCGUCUUAUGCAUCCCAUGAUCCAACGCCUAGCAAUGCAAUACCACCUCCUCCGAUGUUCUCAUCACAGAGAAGCAGCAGUCAGACUGUUAAGUCUGUCUUACCUCCAUCUGUGGCCAGACGUAUAGGAUCGAACAAUCCAGUUAUUAAACCGAAAGCAGUGCAAUCGAUAACCACAGAAAAUAUAUUCGUUCCAUCAUUUGAUCCUAUGAACUAUCCGUCUGCAGCACCGGCACAGGCUAUUGGAUCUUUUAGUAAUACACAUUCCUUAUCUGCGUUUAGUGCACCAAUGUUUGGCACGGAACUGUCAACAGAAAGUCAAGAGCAAGCUAAUAUUGCGAGCAUACCACCUCCGGCACAAUUUACACAGCCAGCGCCAACUGAGUUUGCUACUCCGCCCUUGGCUCCACCUCCGAGUGUAAUAGCACCGCCAAGCAAAGCACCACCAAGAUUACCACCACAAAACUUGGCUUCACCACCGUCUAACAUAAUGCCACCAAGUGUAGCAGCCCCACCAAUGUUUGGCCCAACAUUCUCAUCGAAUCCAACUACGUUUGUACCAUCUACCGGAUCUGUAGAUGGCAAAUCAAACGCUAGUGCAGAUUAUUCUUUACCGCCAAUGAGCAAUAUAUUUUCACCAACCACGCAAGCUGCUACUCAACCCAUACAGCCGCCAGGACCGAUAAAACCGCCGCCGAUUGGUUCCACUCAGAAUAUAGCUCCAUCAUUUUUCACUCCACCAUCAAGCAAUGUUGCGUCGUCAUUUUAUAGCGCAGAAAAUGUUGUGGAGCCCCCACAGAAACCAUUAAUAGAACCUCCAAAGGCCACUGGAUCAGUUAACUUUAGAAUGAAUAAGAAAAGACCACAGUAUUACUCCGGGCCAAUAGAAGGGGUUGGUUCUAUAAGCAACAGUGUCAAGCCUGUUAUACCAACCGUAGAUUCUGGAUCAUUCCAAGGUGCUUUAUUCACGCCUGAACAGCCUAAAGCCGACCAAAACGUGCCAUCUGCUGUGCCGUUUGAUUUGAGCAAGCCUGUUGAAAAUGUACCUCUGGUACCACAAUUUAAUGUAGCCAAUCCUACGCAAAAUGUGCAACCUCCAGCUGCUUUUGAUAUCACUCAACCAGCUGCUUACUCACUCUAUGACAAUGAUAAUGUAAGCUAUGUACAACAUACCGAAACGCAAUAUAACACAGCAUUCGAUUUGAGCCGACCUACCACAGAAAGUUAUAACCAACAAGAAGAGCCAAAAGAAUCCAAAGGUUUUGGAAUAAUUGGAUCGUUAAAAUCGAAACUAAGCAGCAUUGAUAUCAAUAAGAUUCAACAUAGCGUGACUACUUUCUUUGAUCCUGCUUACAAUAACGCCGCUAAAGAUGAAGCUACAGCACAGAUGCCACAGCAAAAUGCACCUUAUUCUACAAUGCCAUACGAACCACAACCAGCUCAAACAAAUCUAGAUAUGUUCUUACCUUCGCAACAAAAUACUCAGACGUACAAUUACGAUUUCCAACAACAUCAGAAUGCUGUAUACCUAAACAAUGAAUAUUACAAGUAUCCGAACUUCCAGAACCAGGGUCAGCCACUUGCAGGACAUUGUUCCAAUAGUCACCACUAUCCGAGCCAUUCUUCGCACCCAAAACCGUUCGAUACCCCACAAGGUUACCCAGACCCAACUGCUAAUGCUCAUAUGUAUACAAACCCAGCAUCAAAUGUCCAACAACAAGAUGCCUUAAAGCCUACCAACCAGCCAGCAACCCAAGAACUUAUAACAGCCAAAACAUUUAAAGAAACUCAAGAUUAUAAUGCUGAAAGAAAGAUGGAUGAAAACGUUGCAAGAGCUGGCCCUGAAGUAGCUAGACUUGUUCAAAGUACUACUUCUAUUGAAGAGAAGUUUGCUACUAAUUUCUUUGAUAUGGGAGCUUCUGAAGCUCAGAAACCGUUGUUUGUCCCAACUGCUGAUAUCCCAGCCAGUGUGCCUGAUAUUCCCAAAGCUGACUUAUUCCAAGAAAUAAAACAUGUACCACAAGAUAUUAAGCCGGAACCGGUAGCAAUGUUCGAUCCUAAUACAGUAAAUCUAUUUGGUAAAUUGACUAUUGAUAAUAAAGAUCCCGAAAAAGACAAAGCGGAAAAACAAAACAUAACAACUUACGGUGCACAAAGCAUAGAUUUAUUUGCAAAUAUAGGAUCCAAUGAAGACAAGAGUGCAGAUUUGACGUCACAAUUAUUUCCAAAUGCACCUGCUGAUAAGAAUGAUGUCCAGAAAUCUGAAGAUAUUAUAAAAGUUGAUAAUUUAUUCUCAAGCCCACUUUUUGAUAGCAAGGAAAAUACUCUAGCAAAGGACAGUCUGUUAAACACUUUGAGCAAAGAUGAUGUACCUAUUCUUGGAGUAUCAUCAGUACCUUUAUUUGGCCUAAGCACUAUACUUGCUGACAAAGCUAAAGAAUUUAAUCAAGCAGAGAAGGCUUCAAGUUUAUCUGAUAGAAAUUCUAGUAUGAGCUUCUUUGAUCACACUCAGAAGUCUGAAGAUUAUGGAGCCAAGAACGCCGACCCUCUUAACAGAAACGCCAGUUUCAGUUUCUUUGAAAACCUCCCUAAAACACAGCAAAAUGAUGACCAUGAUUAUGACAAAAAGACAGAAAUUUUAUCCGGAAAAUCUAGCGCAAGUUUUUUCGAAAAUGUAGAUGCUAGAGGCCAGGAAAUAAAAUUUGAAAGUUCUGACAGUAAAAACGACGAGGAAAAUGAAUAUGAAACUGCAAACAUUGGCAUAGAAACCCAGGAUGAUAAAGAAAGUGUUUCUGAAUUGAGCAUUUGUGAGACCUGUAGAGAAGUAAAUAAACCUGAGGACAGAGAUGAUGACCAAGAUGUGACCAAUCAGCUUAUAGAGAAUAUUACUUCACCUAUACAACUAUCAAACCCAGUAGAAGCACCUCUGUCUGAAGCUUCUUUAACCGAACCAACAAAUACUGAACAAGUAAAACUCGACGCUGGACAAUUUGAAGAGAUAUCACAUAUAACUGAAGAAACAAUUGAAACGAUACAAGUGCAAUCAGCCACUGAACUACUUGAAGAUGUUGACGAAAUAAAAUCGAUGAAUUACGGCUGGACCGAAAGCGCUCUAAAACAAGACUACAAUUUUAACAUCGAUCCCAAUCCUAUUGGUUUUAUUGGAUGUAAUUCCCUCUUUUUCGAUAAAGUACCGACAAAUGCAGAUGAGAUUAAGCAUCAUGAGGAUAUGUUGGCUAGGCAGCUCAGUGCACCUUCUGCUCCACCCGCUGAAGAUGAAGAAGACUCCAAAUCAGAUGAGGCUGGUAUUUUAGACGUACACUCUAUAGAACAGGAUGCUAAUAAAGACUUCCCUAUAUUCGAAGAGUUCGUUAUAGAACCAGAAAAUGAUGAUGACAAAGAUUUUAGCGAGAGCUCAGAGAAAGAGUUAGAUUCGUUCACAAACAGAGUUGAGAAAGCUAAGAACAUGGAUUUAUCUGAACCUACUGAUCACCAGAAAGGUUUAUUCUUUGAUACGCCAUCACAACCGAUUAGCAUGGUUUCUUACUUUGAUACGGGCAACUAUGCUGUUGAGACUCACUAUAGAAAUACAAAUACCCGACCAGCACCAACUCUAACUAUCCCUCCAGGAUUUGAAGAAGAUUUUAAGAGGAGAGUAGCACUAGCUAAGCAGAGAGAAGAGAAAAUAAGAAAAGAGUUGACAGUAGUACCAGACACUUCAACACAGACAAGGACUACAUCAGUAGCUACAUAUUGCUCGUCUCGGAUUGCACCUACUUUCAGCACUGCUCAACCAAUAGGGUUCAAUGUAGAAGCUAACAUAACAAGCCUUGUUGAUGAUCUGAGCGAACCUUCGCCUGAAUUCGAAGCUGCCCCCGGAUCAACGCUAACAAAGUCAUUUAAAAAGAACAAAGAUGAUGAGCAUAAGAAAUUGAAAGAUCUACCAACAGACUUUAUUGAUGAUGGAGAAGAAAAUCUAGCGGCAAAACUGCCUGAGAUACCUGAUGUUUUCAGUUUUAAAUCGACUAAAAACGAACCUAAAAUGCCUGAAUUUCCCAUAGCCCCCGGUGCAAAGAUUGAAGAUAAAUCAACAAAACUACCUGAUUUAUCGACCGCUUUUGCUCCUAAAUUAGAAGAUAAACUCGAACCAACUUUGCCCGCGUUUACUGCUUUUUCAGCCCCUAAAGAAGAAAAAGCAUUCACCGCAUUUUCGGCUCCUAAAGAAGAAAAAGCAUUUACUGCUUUUUCAGCCCCAAAAGAAGAGAAAGCGGAAACAAAGCUACCAGAUCCUAUUAACUUCUUCUCGGAUACAACCGCAAACCCCUCAGAAGGUUUCAGUCGUCUAGCCAGUUAUUUCUCAUCACCCCCUAAAACGGAACAUGCGAAAUCUUUUUUUGAAUUAAGCCAGAGUCAAAACCACUAUAGGCACGCUUCUGCCGAACAGAAAACCAAAAUCCACGAUUUAAUGAAAGAUUUAACUUCAGUUCAAAAUUUAACUGUAACUAAAGACCAAACUUUGCGUCACGUUAACUAUUUCACCGUUGAAUAUGAUGCGGUACUACCCGAUUUUAAUAAAGGCGACGUUAGCAAAGAAAGAGGUGAAUUGGUGGACAGUAAUGACGUUUUAGACUUAGGUAGUCUCGUAACCAAUUGUAGGUAUUGUUCGAAGAUAAUUGAUAAUAGUUUUAAAGUGAGGACAGCGGUUAAUGAGAAAAGUGAUCAAGGCAGUAACAGUCCACCUAUGGAGCCUAAAAAAGAAACAGCGAGGGGGUCGGUGACCGUCAAUUUUGAUGGGUUGGCUAUACACGAGGAGUCCAAUGAAGAAGUCGCUGGCUUGAAUGAGAACCGAGCAGCAACGGAGUACACGCCAGUGAAACACCACUGGUUCUACCGCGUGGACGUGGAAGACAAGUCUAUAUGGAGAGGCUUCUCCGUGGCCGACUCCAGGGCACUCGAAACCGCUUAUUUGAACCCGGAACUGAACGACCAAACCCUAGUGCCUACGGACGGAGGUAGAUAUGACGUGAACGUGGUGGGUCGGCUACGCAUACCCGUCUACUGGACUGAUAAGCCUACCAAUGUUAGAAGAUGCAGUUGGUUCUACAAAGGUACAACGGAUGCCAGAUAUGUGCCGUACACCGAACCAGUGGCUGAGAAAUUAGAGGAAGAGUAUCGCCACGGUAUGACAACUUCAGAAUGGCACAGACGUCUGGUGUUACCCAACGGGGAAGUGGUGGUCAUGCAUGGCCCGGCUGUGAUGGUGCAUUUCCUGCAUAGCGAUGCUUUUAGUACGCCGCCGCAAUCCAGCUCCCGUCCCCGCGUGGUCCGCAGAGGUCACGACGAAUCAGAGAUCGAGGACACAGAGCCGUCCAGCAUCGAUCACCUGCUGUUGCUCUGUCAUGGCGUCGGAUCCGCUUGCGAUAUGCGCUUCCGGUCCGUCGAGGAAGUCGUGGAGGACUUCAGAGCGACCAGCCUACAACUGAUACAGUCUCACUACAGGAACUCGUACGAUCAGGGCGUCGUUAGCAGGGUGGAGGUACUCCCCAUAUCCUGGCACGCAACCCUCCACUCCGGAGAGACAGGUGUAGACCGCAGAUUGUCACAAAUAACCCUGGACAGCAUACCCCGGCUGCGCAACUUCACCAACGACACUGUGCUCGAUGUGCUGUUCUAUACCAGCCCCGUGUUCUGUCAGACAAUUUUGGACACGGUAUGCAAAGAACUGAAUCGUAUAUACGAGAUAUUUCUGCAGCGGAACCCCACGUUUAAAGGGGGCGUUUCACUAGGCGGACAUUCGUUGGGCAGCGUUAUAUUGUAUGAUUUGCUGUGUCAUCAGGCUGAGCCCUCAAAAGAUGGUUCGAUCAGUCCCUCAAACAAGAACUACGUGAAAGGCCCCGCGGGUACCGGACAGCCUUGCGUCAACUACCCGCAGCUGGCGUUCAAGCCGGCCGCCAUGUAUGCGCUAGGAAGCCCUAUAGCUAUAUUCGAGUGUAUUCGCGGCGUCGAGUCACUAGGCUCGAGCUUCUCUCUGCCGACAUGCAAGAACUUCUUCAAUAUAUUCCAUCCGUAUGACCCGAUCGCUUAUAGGAUUGAGCCACUGAUCAACCCGGUACUACGCGAUCUGAAGCCCUACCUCAUUCCGCAUCACAAAGGCAGGAAGAGGAUGCAUCUAGAACUAAAAGACACGAUGGCUCGUGUGGGCGCGGACUUGAAGCAGAAGCUGCUGGAGUCACUGCGCAGCACGUGGAACAAGUGGAAGACUGCACCGCCCACUGAUGGACAGCUGGAGAAGGUGGUAGAAGAAGAAAUUGAGAAAGAACAAUUGACAGAUGAAAGCUCAGAAGAAUUAGCCAGAGAGACUGAACUGUCGACGCCGGACAAGCUAGGGCGGCUGAACAACGGUCGCCGCGUCGACUACGUGCUGCAGGAGGCGCCGCUAGAGAUGAUCAACGAGUACCUCUUCGCUAUGAGCAGCCAUGUUGGAUACUGGGAAUCGGAAGACACGAUGCUUCUAAUGCUGCGCGAGAUAUACGACGCCCUGGGCGUUCAGCCGGACUGCACCGUGCCGCAGCAGAACCUUACCGUACAGAGGACCAGGACUGUCACUAAGGAUGAAACAAUUGUCAUCAAUUCAGAUUAUCCAUCAACUAGCCGUGGAGCGAUAUGAUGUGUGUAUAAAUAAAAAAAUAGUUUAAUUUUAUAUUUAAUACUUAGUAAACAACAAUAAUAUGCAUUUUAUUUUGGUUGUUAUAUUUUAAGGCUAUAUCUUGGUAACCAAACGAUUUUCUUAAAAAUAUAGAUAUUUCAUUUCACGAAAGCGGGUGAACUAUAUUUGGGCUUAAUUCUGCACGAUUGAUAUUCAACUGAGAUUCAAUCACUACUCAAAUACAAUUGAAGCGUAUGUGUAAUUCUUAUUUUUUUUCUUUUAAAUUAACUUUUUUGUCCCUUUUUGUGAUUCAGGAAUGAGUCAUAUUGUCUGUAAAUGAUUUACGAUUGCAAUAUGAUUGUAGAGCAAACUACCGUAUAGACCAAAUGGCAAACCAAUCGAAUGUCAUUGGAAUACGAUUGGUCUUAUAUCAGCAGCAGAAUGCCCGCUAAGGUUAAAACUGCUAUUGAGAUUCAAUUGAUAUCCAAUUGUCACAUUAUUAAUUUAGCAGAAUCAAGCCCUUGUGUGAAUGUAAAAUGUAAAAGCAAAUUGAUUUUGUAUGACUCGGCGACUCGGCCAAUACUGAGCGUUUCUGAGAUUACGCAUAAGUGUGGCUCACCCGUUUUCUCUAUACCAAGAAAAAGCCUAUAGUACUCAAAAUUGGGAUAUGUCUUUCUACGGAGAAAUGUAGCAUUUUUAACAGAUAUAUAGUAAGAAAUAUGUGGAAAUAUUAAAGGUUAAUCAUCUGUCUAGCCUUUUCCUAACUAUGUUGGGGUCGGCUUCCAGUCUUAGGGUCGCUGAAAAAUUUGGUGUGAAAGGGCGUCAGAAAUUGAUUAAAUUGUCGGUCGCCAGACCUUAUUCUGUUUUGAACAAACUCAUUUUUAACCGACUUAGAAAAAAGAGGUGGUUCUCAAAUCGACCGUUUAUUUGUAUUUUUGUUACAACAUCAAAAAACUCAUUUUAACUUCUUAGAAAGGAGGUUUCGUGCCCAGGUAACUGGGUUGAGGAGGUCAGAUAGGCAGUCGCUCCUUGUAAAACACUGGUAAUCAGCUGCAUCCGGUUAGACUGGAAGCCGACCCCAACAUAGUUGGGAAAAGACUACCCUUUUUCAAUAACGGUAAAUAUAAUGUACAGUUCUUAUAAAUGUGUCACCAAACAUUAUUUGUCUAAUAAUACAUUAAUAGUUAGGUCAUAGUUUAAAAAAAAACACAGUUAUUUAAAAAAAUAUAUCCGUAGAAUGACUUUUAAUUAUUAAAAAUACUGAAAUUAAUAAAAAUAGAUAGGUGUAAAAUUAUUUUUCGCAUUUUUUUUUACUUUUGACUGAAUUCAGUCAGAAAUCUAAUAUGAAUUUGAAAUUUUAAUUAAACAUUCAUUUGUAAUGAAAUACGUUUUCAGAAAAAAGUAAAAAAAAUACGGUUCACUUGAAAAAAAAAUUAAUGAUAAGUUCAGUAUUCCACCAAGAAAAAAAGAAAAUUUUGAAAAAAUACGCAAAAAAAAAUAUACAUACCUAAUGAAUAGUAAUAAUAUUGUAAAUUAUCCACACAAAGAUAUUUGUUAAAUUAAGAAAUAUCUUGAUUUAAAAAGUGUUUAUUUAAAAUUAAUAUAAGAUUUUUAAACUGCUGUUCAAGAUGACUUUAAAAAAUCAUCAUCAAAAUUUCUAAGAACUAUAUUGGGAUAUUUUCAAACUAAGUGUAUUUCCCGGUUUCAGAAGAUUUUAAACAACUAAUAUAAUUUCUUAACUUAAACAUCUCGUCUUCACGGUAUAUCGGUCCUGCUUGUGAUCUCUCUCCGGUGGUGUCGGAUUGUCGUCCCAUCGCGCCAUGAGAGUGAAGGAAUAGUGAGUGCACCUGUGUCCAAGCAAAUGUGCGUGCACUGUAAUAUGUCCUGCGCAGCUGGCUGAUCUCCUUAUAUGAGAACAGCCGCCGUGGCUGAUAAUCGGCUAGGAAAAUUAUAUUGGUCGUUUAAAAAUUUCUGAAAAAGUGGGAAAUAUCAAUUAAAAUAUAAAAGUUACACUAAACAGUAGUUCUAAAUAAUGUAUUUAGUUUAAAUAUGAAAUAUUUCGGGCCGUUGUCACUUAGCAGAUUUAAUAAAUAAAUUCACUGUUUUUUUUAUUUUAUUUUGUUUUUUUUUUUGAAAAAAAAAAGUGAUUGAAAACGUUAUUUUUUGUUGAUUUUAGCUUUAAAAUUAUAUUAUGUAUAUCUUUAAGAUGGGUGUCACUUAAGUUGAAAACAGUAGAGAAAUGGGAAUUUUUGUUUAUUUUUGCACCAUUACAACACAUUUUUGCAAUUUUUUCUUAAUUUGACGUCUCAAAAAAUUAAAAAAAAAAUACUUCAUCAUACUUUAUUAAGUAUAUUUCCAAUUUUCUCUACUGUACACUAAAAAAAUAUUGAUAAAUUGACAUUAACUCCCAAAAAAACAUGAAUACAGACAUUUUUGAAAAGCAUUUUUUUUUCUAUUUUCAUCACAAAUUUAAGUUUUUUUUUAAAUGAUUUUGUAAUGUUAAAACGUUCGGGCGAUUCAGUAUGCAGUGUGAGAGAGUGAUGGAGCUAAGUAUAAUGGAUAGCGCCGUCCCUUUUUCUCACAACUCUUGGAACGCCUUUCGUUCAUCUGGUUAAUUUAACUGAAAGCUUACUUACGGUGAGUUGCACCAUUUAACUAUAACGAUAACCGAACCAUUUUCAGUUGUCAAAUUGCCGAUUUGACAAAUAAACGGUAAUUUGGUUUGUUAAAAGAGUCAAUUUAUCAAUAUGUUUUCUUCCAUAAUUUAACAUGAGAACAUAUUUAUAUCUUUUUUGAAAGUUGUUAUAGCAAUAUUGAUACUACUAUCUUCCGGUUUCCAUACCCGGAUAAAAAAUAGCCUAUAGCCUUUCUCGAUAAAUGGGUUAUCUAACACUGAAAGACUUUCAAAUCAGUUCAGUACUUAGUUCCUGCAAACUUGCAAUUUUUAAUGCAUUAUUUCAAAUAUUUAUUCCUACAUAGUCUGUAUUCUUUAAUGUAUUUAAAAAAAAGUACGAAAAAGGCUGUAUUUUGUUAACUUUCCACGUCAUAUUUUCUAUUAUUCUUAUUUCACCAUAUUAGGUAUCUCUUAAUAAUGGUCGAGUGGGAUAAUCCGCUUACGUUUUCACACAGCUUCCGAGCUUCACAAUAUUCGCCAUUUUACACUUUUUGUUUUGGCGUCUUCAACCAUCUGGCGCCCUACUCCGGCGACCUGGUCGCACUCUGGCGACCCAAUCCCACUCUGGCGACCCCGUGCCACUCUAGCGACUCAGUCCCACUCUGGCGCCCUAGUCCCACUCUGGCGACCCAUUCCCACUCUGGCGCUCCUGUGUUGUGUCAAUAUUGCUAUCCAACUAGAUUAGUUUAAGUUUAGUAACAAAUAAAUGGAUUCCAAGAUAGAGCUAUUUAUUUUAUUAAAAUAUAAAAAAGAAUUGUUAUAAUUAUUUGUUUCUAAGUUUUUCUCCAUCAUUAUUUAUGUAAACAAUCAUGUAAACGAAAUUGUUAACAUUACAAAUAAAGUUUAUAUUUUACUAGA